AGUCCCCCAAAUUCAUAAAUUUGGACUCAGAAAGGAGACUACAUGCAAGAGCUCUGAAAUAACUGUAAUUGUGGGAACAUAUAAUUGUAUAGCCUUGAACAACUGCAUAAACUGUAUUUUGAUACAAAUGUCACUGAAUAGAUGAUCUACUUACUAUGCUACUCAAGAAAGACAUCAACUUAGAAGUUGGUACCUGUCUCUUUUACCCUCACUAAUUUCAAGGGCCAUCCUAAUACAGCUCUCAUGCCUUCAUUGAUUGCUGAAUAUUGCUUCCUGUAUCUUUGUUGGACACACUUGGUGACAGACUUAUAUUCAAUAAUUUUUAGCCUGAAUACCUUUCUCCAACAGUGCUGUGUGGAAAAAGUCCAGAGACAGUAGGUUUUAAAAGAACUCUAACUUUCUCUAAUACUUUAUAAUAAAAACAUGUGGAUCACUUUUCAUUAUGACUGUUUCAGCAGGUGUGCCUAUUACUACCUCUGCAGAGUCAACUUUUCUGAAGCCCCUUGCUGUCAAGCCUCCUCCAGGUGGGAUUAAAGACAAGAUUAUGCCUUCCUCUUCCAGCAGUGCUUUGGAUUUGAAUAAUCCAAACAAGUAUUGCAAGCUCUGUCCUGCUUCUUUUAAUAGUCCAUUAAUGGCCCAACAACAUUAUGUUGGGAAAAAACACAAAAGAAAUGAAGCUAGAAAGAAGUUUGUAGACAAGAUAAGAGAGAAACCUCUUCCUGCAAAAUCAGAUCCAAAUGCAUUUAGUAUGAGAACCUACGAUUGUCGUAUUUGUAAUAUCACCUUUACAUCUUUAGAAAUGUUCCGGUCUCAUAUGCAAGGAAGUGAACAUCAACUUAAAGAAUCCAUUGUUAUCAAUCUAGUGAAGAAAUCAAGGAAGCCACCAGACUCUUGCCAAGAUGAAUCUACAGAUUACAUCAAAGUACAGAAAGCCAGAGGAUCAGAACCAAAGACUUGUUUUAGAAAGAUGGAAGAAAGUUCUUUGGAAGCCCGUGGGUACAGAGAAGCAGUUGAUUCCAGAUCCAGACAUAGAAUGUUUGAACAAAGAUCCCCAUGUGAGACUUUCUGGACAUAUCCAGGACCAUAUAAUACUCCACAAACAGUGGAAAACCAGUUACCUCAUUGCUUACCAGCUCAAUCAAAGAAAACAUAUGACUCUUUUCAAGAUGAACUGGAAGAUUAUAUCAAAGUGCAGAAAGCCAGAGGACUAGAUCCAAAGACUUGUUUCAGAAAGGAAAGAGAGAGCUCUGUGGAAACCCAUGGGUACAGAGAAAUUUAUUCUGGACCCAGACCAAGAAUGUGUGAACGAAGAUAUUCAUUUGAGACUUCUCAAACCUACCAACGACCAUACACUAUUUCACCAGUGGAAAGCCAAGUAUAUCACUGGUUACCAGCUCCUUCGAAGAGGACAUAUAACUCUUUCCAAGAUGAACUUGAGGAUUAUAUCAAAGUGCAGAAAGCCAGAGGACUAGAGCCAAAGACUUCUUUCAGAAAGAUAAGUGAUAGCUCUGUAGAAACCCAUAAGCACAGAGAAAUGGUUGAUUCCAGACCCAGACCUAGAAUGUUUGAGCAAAAACUCCCAUUUGAGACUUUCCAUUUCCAGGCUCACCCAGGAUCAUACAGUAUUUCACAGGCAGAAGAAAACCAGUUACCUCAUCCUUUACCAACUCAUGACAGCAAACAGAGAUUAGACUCUGUGACCUACUGUCAACCCACCAGAGACUGUUUCCCAGAAAAACCAGUACCCCUGAGCCUUAGUCAGCAGGAUAAUAACUCUGGCACAUACAGUGUAGAAUCUGAAGUUUAUAAGCACCUCUCCUCAGAAAACGAUACCAGUGAGCAUCAAGUAGGUCAUAAGCGGAAACAUCAGAAGAGAAGAAGGCACAUGGAGAAAGGUGAAGAAAGGCCAGAGAAGGAGCAGUCCAAGCAUAAAAGAAAAAAGAGUUAUGCGGAUACAGACCUAGACAAGCACAAGGGCACUGGGGAAAGGAAAAGAGAUGGAGAUAAAUUCAGAGUCAGUUCAGGAAGGCUUAAGCAUCGAAAAAAGAAAAAAAGCCGUGGUGUACCCUCUGAGAAGGAAGAACGUAAGCACAAGAAAGAGAAAAAAAAAUCUGUUGAAGAAAAGACGGAAGAGGAAAUGCUUUGGGAUGAGUCUAUUCUUGGAUUUUAAACUUUUAGCCUUGUUUACCC